AUUUGCUAAGUGCGGAACUCAUGUCGAGCAUGGUUAUCCCAACACAGCCUAUGGAAUGUCGAAAGUGGGUGAAUUUGCAUUGACCAUGAUUCAGCAGCGCCUCCUGGAUAAACAAGGAAACAGCAUCCUAGUAAAUGGGUGUUGUCCUGGAUAUGUUGACACAGACAUGACCAGUCAUAAGGGACCGCUAACGCCAGCGCAGGGUGCAGAAACUCCGGUGUACCUAGCAAUGUUGCCAUCGCAUGCAACGCAGCCGAAGGGCCAGUUCGUCUUUCAAAAGAAAGUAAUAGACUGGAUGACAGGAAAUGCGAUUUAGCG